AUGUCACAUCGCAUUGAUCCACAGGACGAGUGUGCUCUCCAGGACUAUCCCCCAACUCGGACAAUUUUUGACAAGCUUGACCCUGCGGACAUGCUUGUUGCGGAACGAUUCCGCCAUAUUCUGGAACAGGGCGCAAGGGUAACACCUACUUUUACUCGGUCGGAACAAUCCCAAUUUCUUCGGGAUCUCCCGAGUAGAACUGCCCUCGCAGUGGAGUCACCAUACGGUAAGGACAGUAAUGACCGAUGCUUCAAGACGGAAAGUACAUUUCGCCAUACCUUUGUUUUUCUCUACAAGAGCGGCUACUUGGACAAAACGACCGGCGAUCGCUUGGGCAAGGCUUUCUCUGGAGCCUUACUUCUUCGUCUGCUCCUCAAGGGCCACGAGUUUGUUGACUUUCGGCCACUUUGUUCCGUCCUUCCUUCGGAUACACCAAUGGGCCAAGUCAUGCACAGUUGGAGCCGGAUGUUCACCGCCUGUUUGUUACAUUACAACUUGGAUGUAGCUACUGCCGUUCGCUACAAUGGAAACAUACAUACAGGGGCCCAUCGUGAUUGGAACACUUUAGAACCAGAGCUACGUGCGGCAUCAGUCGAUGAUGGUCUGGUUGCAAAUUUACGGCGCGUGCUCGUUGACGGUUGUCCGAAUUAUGUCAAUGUCACGUCGUCCGAGAAGAAUCGGCGAUCCUUCGCUGAAUAUGGAAAUCACGACUCGGUUUAUACCAAUGUCGAAAAAACACAGAAAGCAGUCCAGAAGGAUUUCGCCCGAUCCCACAGCCUUGUUGAUACGGAGCACAAGGUCGAAUUUCCAAAAUCGCUUCGGAACCACCUGGCAUAUAUCUACAAUGCUCGGAUCAGCUACAAAUCCGAGGAACUUUACCUUGGUGACGACGACGUCUUGGGCGCCUUUCGCCACGGGAAAUGGAACCCAAAUGUGAUUGGUAUGCAUACGUUUUCCAUUUUUGGUUUCCUGUUUUUCUGCACUGGUCUGACAUUCGGUGGCAAUACCUGUCCGUCGAAUUUCGAGAUUAUAGCCUUAAGCCGUAUGGCUCUUGCACGCUUCCUCUGGUCACAGGCUUCUACGAUUGCUAGGGUUCUACGAUACCUUCCGGCAAUAUCGACAUCACCUGAACCAACACCUGACGAGAUCGCACAGUUCACCCCAGCGGAAGCCGACUCCAUCAACAAAGGUGUCUUCAAUCCGGACGGAUCUCGGAUCCCACCCAAUUUCGACCACCAUGUGGAUGAUUGUCUUUAUGUUGAUGUCGCAAAGACACUGAAGCAAACAAUAGCCUCCAGUGUUCUGGCUCUUUACUUGAUCCUUGGCUUCCCAGAUGCCUCAAAAGGGAUCCGAGAUUGCGUGUCUUGGGAAAAGUUCACCACUACUUUUUCCCAUCGUCGACACUGCCUUGGUUGGUCGAUUGAUUCCCGCGCCCUUACGGUGAGCCUCCCAUCUGAGAAACGAGAUCGUAUCAUCCAACGGCUCCGGACCUUUCUACGGAAACAUCGUCUAACCCUUCAAGAAAUCGCAGAACUCCUUGGUCUGCUUUCGAACGCCACUACAGUCUGCCGCCAUAUGCGCUGUUCCUACUUCAAUUUGCAACGCCUUCUUCGUAUGAUCCUCGUUCAUUGGUACCGCACCCUCAUCGGCUACCACAGACGGAAGGACUGGGAGCUUCAGAUCGCCUCUCGACUGUCUUCCACCUUUAUCCACCGCAUGGAUGGGAUCUUGAGCCGUAAUAUGGCUAAAGUUCUUUGGGGCUCCAAGCAAUCCUACAAGCUGGGUCCGGCUGCAAUUCGAGAGGUCAAGGCAAUUAUCCACAGCCUACGAACUGAGGAAUGGAAGAUUUUUAUUCCCCAGAUGAUCCCUCACGACCACCAUUUCGAGUCCUUUGGCGAUGCUAGUUUUCUUGGGGGUGGUGCUUAUCCUACGUCCCUGGACUACUGGUUUCGUGUUGUUUGGAGUAAACAAAUUGUGGCAGGUACUAAGUUAAAGCCCUCCGACGCAUCAUAUAUCCACAUCAAUGUGUUGGAGUGCCUCGUUUCCUUCCUGCAGGCAGUGGCCCUUGUUGUGACCAUUGAGUCUUCCGCGCUCUCUGCUCCCAUACGUGAUUUGUUCCCAAAUGGUAUUCCGGCGUUCCCAGUCCUUCGUUGUUGUACGGACAACACUGCGACGGUGUCUUGGAUCAACGACACACGGACCACCAGUCUGUUGGCUCAGGCCUUGGUUGCGCUCUACGACAUCACAGCAGUAUCCUUGGAUGAACGCCUUGCGCAAUUUCCAGCCCAGUGCCGAACUCAUCUCCGUUCUCAGAUCCGCGCUGUUAUGCAGCUCGAGUCCAGUCCCAUCAAAUCUACCAGAGUCCUUGGGACAAUUCGUUCCCACCGCAUCCAUUUCCUCCGCUUUCUGCGUCGUCUAAAUUGGCCACCGAUGGACCUCCUUUUGGAGUCCGUCUCACAUGAUGCCCGUACACACCUUCUUGCUGCUUUUGCAGUCGACUUGGCGGUGGGCAAUACCGUCAAGGGUAAGCCCAUCAAAGCAGCGACCAUUGGCAACUACCUUCGAGAUACAGCUACCCUUCUUGAAAACUUCUGUGGUCGAGAUCCCCGCUACACUAAUCGCUCUGACAAUGAUUUGGCGCUUCCCAUCCGAGCUGUACUGAAUGAAUGCAAGCGUCAUGAGAAUAUGCCUCAUCGAGUCGACCCCUAUACAAUUGAGAUGCAUACCACUUUGGUGGCUCUGAAUGCCGCUACAACAGCACAUAUGGACGGUUUACACAGUGCUAUGGAAGAUUGGUUUAACCUGAGUACCUAUUUGGGUUUUCGCCUUCGCGAAUGGGCCCAGGAGGAUGAUUACCGUCGCUUGGCUUCCGGUGGCGAGAUUGCCCCGAAUGGUACGACACGCGCUUUCACUCUCGAUGACAUUCGUUUGUUCGAUUCGGGAAACCGUCCUGUUCCGAUUGCUGAGUUUCUUAUCGAGAAUUUUGAUGCCGUGGCCCGCUCCAAUGUCAAGUUCUCUUGGCAAAAGAAUCAUGAUCACGGUGAGGAAAAACUGCUUUCCAGCAAUCCUCGUAACCCUUCCCGUGACGCUCUGCGGAGUCUCCAUAACAUCGUCAGCCGAUUUGCACGGAUUGUCGGUCUUGAUAAGACCGAUAUCCCACUCGCAGUGUACAAAGGAUCCUUUGGUGAAAAGUUUUUCAUCCACAGCAAAGUCAUUGCUUCUACCCUUUGGACCUUGGCCAAGAAGACUUACAACCUGACUGAUCGCGAUCUUCAGCGACAUUACAAAUAUACGUCCCACUCUCUUUGA